AUGGAAGUAUGGAACAAAUAUAUGAAGUCAUCUGCGCAUCAUCCUUGGAUCGGCCACAUGAUGCUGUGGAUGAAAUUUUUUGCAAGGAUGUUUCUGACCGACAACACCGUUGUAAACAUUUUGAUGCUUGGUCUAGCUGAUCUUAAAGAUUUGGAGGAACCACAUAUUGAAAGAGAGAAGCAAAGGACUGUGCGUGAAGAACUUGAUGUAAUGGAUCGAAUGCAGCUACAUUCUAAUGCCCCAACAUUUCAUUCAAUUCCAAGACACAACUCGAGAACAUUUAAGCAUUUACGAAAAGUUGUUCCUGUCAAAGAAUUUAAACGCAAAUAUACUGUGUCUGAUGCUUUAUUAUUACGAAGACUCAUUGUUGCUGCUGAUAGCGGCCGAGAUGUUGAUUUGAAGCAGUUACUUCGACAUGAACUGCACGAAGCUGCACUGUCAUUAGCAAUGUUUGACGGAUAUCUUCGGCUUCCAAUAACUAAAGGCGACGCUUUUGCUCUUGCCGAGGUGCACAAUGGAAAAUUUUGCGAUAAGUUGGGGGGUCGGGUGAUUUCAGUUCCAAAAUUCCAUGACUGUUUAAAUGAGAAUUUAGAAAAACAUCUUGUCAUUGCGAAAUAA